GAAAAAGGAGGAAGGACAACACCAGAGAUAAAGGACGGCCGUCUCUCUCCAAUUUUAUCAUACUUGCUAGGGUUUCUUUCAUCUGAGCUUGAUUCUUUCCCCGCUUUCGCCCGAUCGUUUUGGUUUCCGAAUAGAUUAAGGUUGCGCAAUCCUCCAUGGAGGUUCCGGGGUUGGAAGAGAAUAAGAAGUCUGAAGUGCAUUUGACUUCUGCUGCAGCCUUUGUGGAGGGUGGAAUCCAGGAUGCCUGUGAUGAUGCCUGCAGUAUAUGUCUUGAAGCAUUUCAUGACAGUGAUCCUUCAACAGUGACAAGUUGCAAACAUGAGUUUCAUCUUCAAUGCAUUCUAGAAUGGUGUCAGAGAAGCUCUCAGUGCCCCAUGUGUUGGCAACCCAUCAGUCUCAAAGAUCCAACAAGUCAAGAAUUACUUGAAGCAGUGGAAAGAGAGAGAAACAUUAGGUUGAAUCCUCCUAGAAAUACCACAAUAUUUCAUCAUCCAGCUCUGGGGGACUUUGAGUUACAACAUUUGCCAGUUGGUGCAAAUGAUGCGGAUCUUGAAGAGCGUAUUAUACAGCACUUAGCUGCUGCUGCUGCAAUGGGACGAGCACGCCAUAUUGCUAGAAGGGAAAGUCAGAGAAGCAGGUCAUCAGCUCAAGGUCGCCCACAUUUUUUGGUAUUUUCAGCCCAUCCUAAUUCACCGCCCAUGGCUCCUGCCUCUCCAACUCAUGGGGCAAAUGGUGAACCAGCUUCAGCAAUCACUGUUACUGUAUCUCCAACUCCUGCCACCGGGGAAGAAUCAUCACAGUCAACUUCUGUUCCUCUUGUUCAAGCAGACCAUGUUUCUGCUUCAGGAUCAGGAUCUACUGCUCUUGCUGCUGAUAACCAAGGAUCGUCUUACAACAGUAGGAGGUCUCCUAGUCAGUCUUAUCCAAGCAGUCAGGAUAGAGCAGGACCAUCAGAAUUCCAAUCAUUUUCAGAAUCUUUGAAGUCUAGACUAAAUGCAGUUUCAACGAGAUACAAGGAGUCGAUAUCCAGGAGCACAAGAGGUUGGAAGGAGAGAUGGUUCUCUCGCAACAGCUCUAUGUCUGAUGUUGGGUCUGAAGUUAGACAAGAGGUGGUUAAUGCGGGGAUUGCAACUGUGUCACGCAUGAUGGAACGACUGGAUACCAGAGACGACAAUAGAAAUGAUAGCAAUCCUACUCAUGGCCAUGUAGAAGGUGGUCUGGUUGCUGGACCAAAUGACCCACAUGUUUCAGAUGCCGAAGGUGAAAGUCCCUUGAGAGAUAAUAACACGAAAACAUCCUUUGCGGCGGGUUCUAGUUCAAAUUAAGAAGAGUUCGAUUUGCAUCAAUUCUAAGCUUUGCUGUGGCUGAAAGGUAGAAAUAGGACCGUCCAUUGCUGGAUAUGAAAUUCUGUGGAUGUGGCACGUUGCCUUUUGGCUGGUGCAAGCCAGGCAAGUGAUGUUCCUUUUACCUCGCUGAAGGUGUCAAUGCUUGCCAUAUUUGGAAUAAAGAACCUAGAAAAGAGAGAAUCUGGGGUCUCUUGGUCAGAAAUUAGGAAACUAUAUAUGGUUGUGUAUUCGCCAUGUAAACCUGUAGAUAUUUCCCACAGUACCCAACAUAAAGUACUGUGCUCCUGCCAGUGAUGAAUUCGCUGUUUCCCAACCUUGGGGGCAUGGCUUCUUUUGCCGAGAAUUCUGUUGCUAUGUGAAUGUUAUUAAACUCUACCUUGUUUGGACAGCUUGGGACUGCGACCUUACAAAUGUCUUCUCAUGUCAUCCCUAGUCCUACAAUAUGAGUAGGCCACGCAAAUCUACAAAAAGUUACUAGAAAUACAGAUCAUAUGGUGUAUGGGCAUGAAGUAUUCUAAUUUAGUUUUACAAUUCCAGGAAAUGAACUCUGAACAAUGAAGAUAGCGAACUCUUGUAAUCUUGAAGUGCGAAUAAACUUAUCGAGUCUUUUUUA